AUGGACACCCUACUCACCGCAGAGAUAUAUGCGAAUUCUCCGCGCUUCAGGCGGCGGUCUAGUACAUAUGUCGACGCAAUCCACGAUCUACCCACCAAGGAAGAAAUGGCGCCCGCUCAACUCUAUAGCACAGAAUCGGGCCGCCUCUUCCAUUCCGGGCGAAUAGUCAUCGCUACUUGUGGACUGCCUGCUCGAGGCAAAACUCAUACCUCCGUUGCCCUCGCCCGUUACCUUCGGUGGCUGGGUGUCAAGACUCACGUGUUUCAUCUUGGCGACUAUCGUCGCGCUACUCUAGGUCCGGACAAUGACGUGCCGGAGGACUACUUCUUCCUAAAUGCAGCGCCACAAUCUGUCUUGUUGCGCAACAAGAUAUUGAAGAAGUGCCGUGAGGAUAUCUACCACUUUUUGGAGAACGACAAGGGCCAAGUGGCCAUCUACGACGCCGUCAAUGCUAUCAGCCAAGGCCGGCGAUCACUGGCCAAGGAAUUUGCAAAGAACGGCAUCCAGACAGUCUUUAUCGAAUCACACUGCACCGAUGAGCGCAUCAUCCAGGAAAACGUUCGUCGUGUCAAAAUCUCCUCGCCGGACUACCAGGGGUGGAAGGAUGAAGACGCAGUCCACGACUACCUAGCCCGCAUUAAUGCACGGAUACCGCACUUUGAAACCAUGGAAGAGCCCGAUCUGCACUGGAUCAAGAUGAUCAACGCUGGCGAGCGAGUAGUAGUCAACAAUUGCGCAUUUGGAUACCUUUCCCAACGAAUUGUCUUCUACUUGCUCAACCUUCACAUCAAGUCGCGGCAAACUUACUUUGCUCGCGCUGGAACCACACGGGAGGAGGAUUCCUACAAGGCCGAUGCCAAUCUUUCACCAGAAGGGCACGACUAUGCAAAGAAGAUGAGCGAGGUCUUAUUGCAGUACCGCGAGGAAGAGAAGCAGAAGCUUAUUGAAUCUGGAGCAACAGACGCGUCCUUGAAGCCAUUGACUAUCUGGACCUCAACACGUCGGAGAACUGUCCAGACAUCAGAAGUUCUAGCGUCCAUGGGCUACCGAGUCAGGCAACGAUCGCAAAUGAGCCAGAUGAACCCAGGCGUGUGCGAAAAAAUGUCUGAAGCAAAGAUACGCGAGGAAUUCCCAGAUGAAGUCACAAAGCACGAGGCAGAUCCAUACCACCACCGGUACCCACGUGCAGAAUCCUACCACGACCUAGCUGUGCGCAUGGAACCCAUCAUUCUCGAGCUCGAACGCGAAGAGAACGAUCUUCUCAUCAUUGCCCACGAAUCCGUACUCCGUGUGCUGUACGGUUAUCUCAUGGCAUGUAAUGCAGCCGAUAUCCCCAAGCUGCAGUUCCCCCGCGAUGAGAUUAUCGAGAUCAUCCCCUCGUCCUACAACAAUGUAGCCAAACGCAUCAAGAUCCCCAACCUUCCCGAAUCAAUGGUCCCCGGUAGCCCCGAGGACAUCAAGAUACCCGUUGCACCUUCUGGCGCGGUAAGUCCAUUGUCUGGCAUGGGCACUCCUCAGGUCCAAGUAGACUCUGGCGCUGCAACGCCCCGUGAACACGGUAUCCAGCCUUUGAACUUGAAGGCGCAUAUUAAUCCGUCAUCGUGAAUUAGGUGCGUUAUCAGUGCCGCUACGGUGCCACGUUUGACAAUGAGAGGGCUAGUCAAGAAACGGAUUUUGACCCCAUUUGAGGGGCCGGUUAGACGGUGGUGAUCAUAGUUAACUUUCGGCACGGCAUGGAAACACGGGUUUAUGCUUGCGAGGGGCGCAGGGGCGUGAUAGUACUGUAGACAUGACAAAUUACAUCUUGGCUUUA